AUGUCGGCGUUAGCAACAAUAGGGCAAAUCGCAAACUUGGCAAUUGGAGUAACAACAAAUCCGCUAGCUCUAUUGGGAUUAGUACCCGUUUUUGCUGCUGGUCUCACAUUUAUGAGAUAUCUGUCGAUGGACCCCGAAGUGCACCCGAGGAAUACCCUCAAUGUUCGACCAGAAUACGACUUCAUAGUGAUAGGUGGCGGUUCAGCUGGUGCGGUAGUGGCUUCCAGACUAUCAGAGAUUUCCAACUGGACAGUUUUGCUGAUAGAAGCAGGAGGCGAUGAGAAUGAAGUAUCGGACAUUCCAACUUUAAGUGGGUACAUGCAAAUGUCCCAGAUGGAUUGGAUGUAUCAGACAUCUCCGCCAGGGGAUUCCCCUUAUUGUCUGGCUAUGCUUGGAGAUCGAUGCAAUUGGCCAAGGGGUAAAGUAUUAGGGGGUUCCAGUGUCUUAAACGCUAUGGUCUACGUCCGGGGUAACCGUCAGGACUACGAUUACUGGGAAGCUCAAGGCAACCCUGGUUGGUCAUAUGAUAACGUACUGCCAUAUUUCUUAAAAUCGGAAGAUAACAGAAAUCCUUACCUCUCGAGGACUCCAUACCAUCAAACGGGAGGUUAUUUAACUGUACAAGAAUCCCCAUGGAGGACCCCUUUAUCUAUAGCUUUUCUACAAGCCGGACGAGAAUUAGGUUACCAGAUUAGAGACAUUAAUGGAGAGAUCCAGACUGGAUUUAUGCUGACACAAGGUACAAUACGAAGAGGUUCACGAUGUUCAACAGCAAAAGCAUUUCUCAGACCAGUGCGAAACAGGCCGAACCUUCACAUAGCGAUGUACGCACAAGCCACCAAAAUCAAAAUAAAUCCAAAGACCAAAGAAGCCUUUGCAGUGAGGAUUAUCCGAAACAACAGACCUCAAACCAUCCGUGCCAGGAGAGAGAUCAUUUUAAGCGCGGGAGCAAUUGGCAGUCCCCAACUUCUGAUGCUAUCUGGUGUAGGUCCGAAGGAACAUUUGGAAUCAUUUAACAUACCAGUCCUGAGCGAUUUGAAAGUUGGACACAAUCUACAAGACCAUGUAGGCUUGGGUGGGUUAGCUUUUACAAUCGACGAUCCCAUCAGUUUUACCAAGAAACGUUACCAAACUUGGCAGGUUGCCUUGGAGUAUAUCAUGAAUGAGAGAGGUCCUAUGACAUCAAUUGGAGGAGUUGAAGGUUUGGCAUUUGUGAAUACAAAAUACGCUCCAAAAUCGGGGCUAUGGCCAGAUAUCCAGUUCCACUUCGCUCCAAGCAGUGUAAACUCAGAUCCAGAUCAAGUACGAAAGAUCACAGGAUUACGGGACAGCGUUUACAACACAGUCUACAAACCUCUUAAAGACACUGACACCUGGACUAUUUUACCGCUUCUUCUUAGACCGAGAAGUACUGGAUGGAUACGGUUGAAAUCUAAAGACCCCAUGGUGUAUCCUGAUAUCAAUCCCAAUUAUUUCACUCACAAGGAAGAUAUUGCUACUCUCACGGAGGGGAUAAGAAUUGCGUUGAAUGUUUCGGCUUCACAAGCUUUCCAAAGGUUUAACUCUAGGCCACCACAAAAUCCCUUUUCCUGGUUAGUAUCAAAAGUUUUUUUUGACAAGAAUUUUGCCAAAUUUAGGAUAGAGAAAGCAAGACCUGUAUUUAAAAAAAAUGGCUCAGCUAUUUAA